GGUGCAAGCCACCAAUGAGGGUGCCAGCAUCCCUGUGGCUGCUACCAUACCGGUCAUUUCAGCCCCGGUGUUGCCUCUGGGUCUGAGCUCUGUCCCGACGGCCAGCGUGAUAAGCCCCUUCGCGACCGCAUCCCUUCCGCUCGACCGAGGGUCACAUUCCCACCAAGCAUGACUCAGUUCAUGAAUGACCCAGCCAACCUACAAGCCAUCCAGGGCUUCGGACAGGUCAUGACCAUGUGCCAGCAGAAUGGGGGGAUGCCUUUCCUCCCUGGUAUGUUCCCGUUCGCUCUUCCAGGCGCGGGAACCAUGCCCCUACAAGCCCCGAUGGCGGUGACGUCGUUCCAGACGCCGGUGCUGCAGCCAUCACCUUUCCAGCCCCAGCUGGUCAGCACCAUGGCCCCUGUCAACUUGGCCGGUGCACUUAACGCUGCAGGGCCGUCGCGUCCCCCGCAAGCUACGGAUCCGCAGGUCACUCCUGACGGUCAUUGCGUCUCGAUUGAGAGCGAUGACGACGAGUGGGACAUCCCGAGGGCCCACAAGAAGAAGAAAGGAAAAAACAUCCGGCCAGCGACCUCCCGAAACUCCGCCUUCGAAAGGCUAGGGGAUAGGGAGGAAGGCCAGAGGAAGUCAGCCAAGCAGAGGCUGGGGCAGAGUGUUGCCCAUGUCAGCGCGUUCGCCCGGCUAGGCGAGGUGCGGGAGGUCGAGCCUGCCCGCACCCGGCGCUCCCGGUCUAACCGGCAGGAGCCAGCGAGGACGAGGGCCUCCCACCAAGAAGGGGAGGCAGAGAGCCAGCCCAGGUUACCAGUGGCGAACCGGUUAACCAUCCCAAACGACCGCAUCCAGCAGAUGGAGGCAAAGCUGGAAAGACUGGAAAAGAAGGUCGGGGAGAGGAAUGACCGGGACAAACCCCUGGCAGGGUCCCCGUUCACCACAAGGGUCCAUCUGACACCUUUCCGGCGAAAGGUCAAGAUUGACGCCCCCAGAUUCACCGGGAAGGAAGAUCCGGAAAUCCAUCUGGACUCCUUCAACCAGAGUGCGACCAUGAACGGUUGCACCGAUGAAGAAAAGUGCCUACUUUUCUUCCAGACCUUGCGGAACCAAGCCACUGAAUGGUUCAAUAAGCUUCGCCCGGGAAGCAUUGACUCGUUCCGUGAUUUGGCCUCAAAAUUCAAGGCCAAAUUCCAGGAGAAUUGUACUAAGAGGAAGAAGUUCACCUAUCUUAGUACAGCCGGGCAGAGGGAGUCUGAGAACCUCACUCAGUUCUUUACCCGGUGGAAGGAAGAGGUUGACAAGGUGGAAGAGAUGGAUGACAAGACCGUCCUAUCCCUCCUCUUGAAUGGCUUGCGUGUUGGAGAACUAUACAAGGAGUUCUGCCGGAAACCCCCAGCCACGUACCAAGAGGCCUACCAUACUGCAUGGAAGUUUGUUGAAGCUGAAACCCAGCUCCGGGCAAAGAGAGAAGCUGAGCAUGGUCACAAGCCCAAGUCGGUGCAAGUCAAGAAGGAAGAAGCACCGGGACCUAGUCGGCCGAGGCACCACUAUGACCCGGUCAUCCGAGUGGUCAAUACAGAAGAAUGCCAAGACGUCCAGAAGGCACCGGUCAUCCCUCUAGAAAACCCUACCGGUCAAGUAGGGCGGCAGUGGUCGGGCACCUAUUGUUCAUACCACAGGUCAGAUUCCCAUAACACCUCCGAAUGUAAGAGUGUUAAGGGAGUAAUCCGGCAGAUGAUAGACAGUGGAGAGCUGGGCAAGGAUUACUUGCAGAAAGCCCAGGAGAAGAGUCAUCAAUGGGUUAGGCCAGCUGCCCCGGGAGAUGGCCGGGACAACGACCGGCGGAGGAAUAACCGGCCAAGGGAGCGGCAACCUGCUCCCGGAAAAGAGCACAUCGGCAUGAUCUUCGGCGGACCCGAAGGUGGAGAUUCAGCCACGCAGCGGAAGAACUGGGUUCGGAGCAUUUACGUUGGAGAGGUAAGUGCUGAACCGCCCAGGCGUAAACAUACUAGGAGGGAGCCUAUCGUCUUCACUGACCGGGAUCUCCCUCCUACUGGUGAAGAUCACAAUGAUCCAUUGGUCAUCACCAUGGACAUUAAUGGGGUGGAUGUCGCCCGGGUACUUGUUGACACCGGCAGCAGUGUCAACAUCUUAUACCUCGAGACCUUCCAAAAACUCAGGUUGUGUCGAACACAACUUGAACCCCUCAAAACCCCUCUCUCAGGCUUCACGUGGGACACCGUUGAAGUUGAAGGAUCCAUAGUUCUACCGGUCGAACUAGGAUCAGGUGAAAAGACCGUGUGGAAGAAGAUGCGGUUCAUAGUUGUAGACAUCAAAUGCGUCCACAACGCAAUUCUUGGAAGGCCAGGCAUCAACAGAGUCGGGGCGGUGAUUUCCAUGCCUCAUCUAUGCAUGAAGUUCCACACUCCAGGCGGUGUGGGUGAGGGAGAGACCCGGGAGAAACUGGAGCCCGAGACUGAGACGAUGGAAAUCGAACUUCACCCGGGUGAUUCUUCGAGGAUGGUCAGAAUUGGAGCAAAUCUCCCCGAGGAUCUCAAAGCACAGAUUACGCGGGUCCUCCAAGAAUACGCGGGCAUAUUCGCAAGGAGCGUGGCGGAUAUGCCCAGGAUAGAUCGCUCUGUUAUCUGCCACCGGUUGGCCGUGAGGGAGGGAAGUCGACCGGUACGACAGAAGAAGCGGUACCUGGCCAAUGACCGGCAAGAGUUUGUCAAGAAGGAAGUGAAGGACCUCCUCAGUGUUGACUUACCGGUCAACAAGCCCACUGAGCAAUGGUGGGAGAUGACAGUUGACGGGGCAUCCGGUCCUAGGGGAUACGGGGGUGGUAUCGUGUUCACCACCCCAGAAGGGUUCAAGAUCUACCAUGCAAUCGUCUUCAACUUCAAGCUGACGAACAACGAGGCAAAGUAUGAAGCUCUGGCUGGAGGGCUCAGACUUGCCCAAGCCCUGAAAAUCAGCCGGAGGGACCUUGUACUCGCCCUGUUGAAAGGCUUCGAAGAGUUCAAGAUCGCCCAAAUUCCCCGGGCAGAUAACGCGGAUGCAGACCUUCUCUCCAAAUUGACGCAGUAUGCACCCGAGCAUGUUUCAAAACUUGCCCGGGUAGAGAUCCUUGACCGUGCAAGCAUCGAAAAAUUGGAAGUCGCUGCUAUAACGGCCAGAAGCCCAUUUGACUGGUCAAACCUGGUCGGGGCGGACGACCAUUGGAUGUAUGAUCUGAUGGAAUAUUUGAUGGAUGGGAGCUUGCCAGAACAAGAUGACCGGGCAAGAAAAGUGAAGCUCAGGGCACCCCGAUUCCAGGUUCUUGAUGGAAAGCUGUAUAAAAGGGCGUUUGGGGGGCCACUUCUGAGAUGUCUGACCAACCGGGAGGCUGAGCGAGUCAUAGCGGAGGUUCACGAAGGCGUAUGCGCGGCGCAUCAAAUGUCCCCAAGGCUGCCCAUCGAGGCUGAAUUUCCCACGUUUCGGGAGUCAAAUUAUCAACCCCAGCAGAAUGAGGAAGAUCACUUGGCUGAACUCAACUUGGUCGAAGAGCGGAGAAUGGCCGCGGAAGUUAAAAUGAGUACAUACCAACAAGUUGUGAAGAAGUACCAUGACAACAAGGUUGGGCCGCGGUACUUCCAAGUUGGAGAUGAAGUCCUACGAAGAAGAGAAGCAAGUAGACCCGGCGAUGGAGGAAAGCUGGCAAAAAACUGGGAAGGCCCAUACAGGGUUAGAGCCAUCAUUCGACCGGGAACGUAUCGGUUAGAAACUUUAGAUGGUGUACCGGUAGAAAGAACUUGGAAUUCCCACCAUCUUCGCAAGUUCUACAAAUGAUUGUAAUACUAGGCGAGGCCUAACUACAUUAUCAAUCAAAGUGAUGUUCAAUA